AAUCUCAACCCUCUUCUCUUCGCUAGACUAACUAGUGGAAUAGUGAAGGUGGAAGAGGAUAACCACCACCAUCACCACCACCACCACCACGACUAUCUUCUUCUCCUCCUCCGACAUCAUUUCUUCCUCCUUUUGUUCAUGGACUUGGUUUGCAACAAUGAGCAUGUGUCUUACAUUCGUUGCACCUAUUGCAACACUCUUUUGGCGGUUGGAGUUCCAUGCAACUGGUUGACGGACAGAGUGACUGUGAAGUGUGGUCAUUGCAACAAUCUUUCUUUCCUUGAUCCCAAAAAUACGCAAUGCGUUUACCCUACGCUUUGCCAGUCUGUUUGCUUUCAGGGUAUUCAAUCAUCUUCACCAACCUCAAGUCAACUGAAUAACGCUGCAAGAUUUGGCAUGAAAAUGCCAAAGAAACACAGGACACCAUCAGCUUAUAAUCACUUCAUGAGAGAUGAGAUACAACGGAUUAAGUCUGCCAAUCCAAAUAUUCCUCAUCGAGAAGCUUUUAGCAUGGCCUCAAAGAAUUGGGCUAAAUAUGAUCCCCGCAACCCGUCCACCUCCAAUGUUUCAGCUUAGUUAUAUGAAGAAGAAAGAUAUAUAAGAUCUUUCUGAUCAGUACUAUGCAGGGAAUAUCAGGAAGCAUGCAUGCAGUCAAAUUACUUGAUGGAUGUGUGCAUGCAAGGAUUGUGGUUUAGCAAGCUCAUGUAUGUAUGAGUAGUGUAACUUAUUCCUUUUGUGUUCGAUGUGCUUGAAAUUUUGUGGAAUAUUGAUGUGAUCUUGAAUCUUUGAUAAGCAAGGAAGAUUUCAUGUGCUGCUCUAUGUAUGUAUUUCUGAUGAAUUUUCAUGCUCACCAUUUGAAUUUUCAUGCUAUAUAUAGUUAGGAGUUUAUGAUU